UGAUUUAUAAAAAACACAAGUAAAACUUAGCAAAAAAAGAAAAUAAAAUAACCACGCAGUAAAUCAAGAACAGAAACGCUCACUCACUGAGUCACUGUGCUUCUUCUUCCUAGACUUGUUCCACUAACAUGGCGAAGAAGCUACUAUCGUUUCACCACUUCAUCUCUCUCCUUCUCCUCCUCAUACUCUCAUUCCAAUCAUCAAAUGGGCUUCCACUAAAAUCCACCAGACGCUCACCCCGAUUGCUGGGCCGAUUCUCAAAGCCCACCAAACCUCUUCUCAAAAACUACAAAUACGAAACCCGAUACUUUGAUCAGAAUCUCGAUCACUUCAGCUUCGCGGAUCUUCCUAAGUUUCGGCAACGGUAUCUUAUUAGCUUCGAACAUUGGGUGGGACCAGAAAAAGCGGGGCCCAUAUUCUUUUACUGUGGUAAUGAAGGGUACAUUGAUUGGUUUGCUGAGAAUACUGGCUUUGUUUGGGAGCUCGCGCCUCGCUUUGGCGCCUUGGUUGUCUUCCCCGAGCAUCGAUACUAUGGGGAGUCUAUGCCUCACGGAAGUACCAGUGAAGCAUACAGAAAUGCUUCUACUUUAUCCUAUCUAACAGCUGAACAAGCACUUGCGGAUUAUGCAAUAUUGCUUACAGACCUCAAGAAGAAUUUGUCUGCUGAGGCUUGUCCUGUGGUGUUGUUUGGUGGAUCAUAUGGUGGAAUGUUAGCAGCAUGGAUGAGACUCAAGUAUCCUCAUCUUUCCGUUGGUGCUUUAGCUUCAUCAGCACCCGUACUUCAGUUUGAAGAUAUUGUUCCACCAGAAACAUUUUAUGAUAUUGUCUCAAAUGUCUUUAGACAUGAAAGUAGAAGCUGUUUUAACACUAUAAAGACGUCAUGGGAUGCAUUAUUAUCUGAGGUUCAUAAGGAAGAUGGGCUACUGCAACUUACCAAAACUUUCCACUUGUGUCAGAAACUAAACAGUUCUGUAGAUUUGUCUAACUGGUGGGACUCUGCUUAUACAUCUUUGGCUAUGGCAAACUACCCUUAUCCUACAGAGUUUUUGAUGCCACUACCAGGAGAUCCCAUAAAGGAGGUUUGCAGAAAAAUUGACAGCUGUCCCUAUGGUACUGGUGUUUUGGAGUGCAUCUUUGAAGGAUUAAAUGUCUAUUAUAAUUAUACUGGAUCAGUCGACUGUUUUAACCUGGAUGAUGACCCUCAUGGCGAGAAUGGUUGGAACUGGCAGGCAUGCACUGAGAUGGUUAUGCCAAUGUCAAGCAACAGGUACUCUAGUAUGUUUCCUGAGUUUUAUUACAACUACACUGAGUACAAAGAGGGGUGCUGGGAAGAUUUUAAAGUCACGCCGAGGCCUACAUGGAUUACAACAGAAUUUGGUGGACAUGAUUUCAAAGCUGACCUGAAGAAUUUUGGAAGUAACAUCAUAUUCUCAAAUGGCCUGUUAGAUCCUUGGAGUGGUGGCAGUGUUUUGGAGGAUAUUUCUGAAAGUAUUGUUGCUCUCGUCACGGAGAAAGGUGCCCAUCACUUGGAUUUGCGUGCAGCAACCAGCGAGGAUCCUAACUGGUUGUUGGAGCAAAGGGCAAAGGAGAUUAUGCUGAUUGAGGAUUGGAUAAAGUCAUACAAUGAUAGGAAACACCUUGCUGAAAUAUAAAGACAGAGGUUAGCUAUUUGCCCUUUCUGUGUCAUGACAUGGUCUGCAUUUGCUACUCCUAUGGCAGAAAGUGUAAAUAUAUUCUUGCUCUGUGGUCACAGUGUUAUCUAUUUCAUAUUUUCAUGUACACCCAGAUGGUAAAGUAUUAGAUGAUACUAUUCGGUAGCAUGCACUGAUGCUUGUAUGUUUAUCUGCCUGUCUAUGUUGACACGAACUGAAUAAUGGAAACAAUCAGAAUAUAGUUUCCACAACAAUUUGAUGAGCAGAUACUAUUAAAUAUGUGAAAUACUGUAGAGGCAUAAUUUUAUUUUUUCA